AUUUGAUUGUGUGGUGGCUAUAAAAAAUAGUCUGCACUUUGGAGGUUUUUGUUGUGUUUAAAAACUAAGAAUGCAUAAUUUAUUUUGUUUUGUUUUUUCAGUCAUGGCAUGAAAAAUGGCAUCAAUGGUCAAACAUGCGUUUAGAUCCUCUUAUCCUCUGUGAACAUAAUGAAGUACAAUACCGUGAAAUGGCAGUAGAACUUGCUAGUAGCAGCUUAGCAGCUUUAAAUUUAAGGAUAGAGGAGAGAUUAGAUACUAUAGACAGCAGGUGGUCAUCCCAUCUUAAAAACUAUGAUGCUGGUGUGUUUGAUGUACUUCGUGUUGCUCCAGAAGAUUUUGCUAGUCAGUUAACUUUGCAUGACCUUCCUGUGUUCAAGGACAUAAAAUCAGAGGAACUGAGCAGCUGUGGGUGGAACAGGCGGGACAAGCUUACUGUUGCACCAAAUAUUGUAGCCUUGACCAGAAGAUUCAAUCAUGUUACUUUUUGGACUGUAAAGGAAAUUCUGAGUGGACAGACACCGAAACAACGGGGAGAAAUACUGACACACUUUAUUAAAAUUGCCAAGAAACUUCAUGAGUUAAACAAUUUACACUCUGAGUUUGCCAUUGUUUCAGCCCUCCAAAGUGCUCCAAUAUUUAGACUAAAUAGAACAUGGAUGCAAGUCUCCAAAAAGGAUAGAAUGACCUUUGAAAAGUUAGCUGAAAUAUUUUCUGACAACAGCAACUUUGAAAAAUUACGAGAACAUAUGCUCAACUUAAAGUUACCUUGCAUUCCCUAUUUAGGUAUAUACUUGACAGACCUUGUAUACAUAGAUGUUGCAUACCCAGAAUUAGAGGGACUAAAGAACCAACAGCGUCAUAUGAAGAUGAAUAAUAUUCUUAAAAUAAUAUCUGACUCACAACAUUCUAAAUAUGACCAACUUCCAGUUCUUCCACAUAUUCAAAACUACUUAAUGUCUGUACAAUACAUAGAAGAACUACAAAAGUUUGUGGAAGAGGAUAACUACAAAGUUUCACUUAAAUUAGAACCACCUGAUGCUCGUUCCACUCUGAGUCGUUCUCGUGAAGACUUGCAUUUGUUGGAAAGAGAAAGAAGUCUUCAAGUUCCAGGGGUCAUGUUUCCUGGGUCAUCUGGUUCAAUGCCAGGUCAUGGUCAAGUGUGCUCCAAGUUUGUUCCUUGUCAUAGAAAAGCUCGUAGUUUAGGCACAAACAUAUUCAUGUCAUCAAGUUCCUGCGAACUCACAAGCCUCUCACCUACAACUACAUGUAAGUUAAGACAUCUUCUUGAUGAUAGUGUGAUAGAAAUCUCUCCUCCACUCUCAAGGACGUCGUCUUUAGGUCCAGAAUAUGGUGAAAUUAAUAAUGGUUUGGAACACUUUGAUGAAUGCUCAGACUAUUUCCUUCCAAUGACUCAUUCUAGUGGAUCAGGUGAAAUCUCCCAAGAAAUCUUGGAUGGGCAGGUAAGAUUCCAAGGUUGUCUGAAACGCAAAACAUUGCUCAAAGAAGGCAAGAAACCAGCUGUUUCAUCAUGGAUGAGGUAUUGGGUAAGCUUGUGGGGCACAUCUUUAAUUUAUUUUUCUCCAAAAACCCUGAGAGGACAUGAGAGAGCAGAUUUCAAAACUACUUCUAACAAAAUGGCUUCUAUUGUGGGCUGGAUGGUUGUUUGGAGUGAAAAUCCUAAUCAGUCUGACACCUUCCAGUUAAGUGAUCCAUUGAAAGGAAAUGUGUACAAGUUUCGAGCUGCUACCCAAGCCAAAGUUCUUGAGUGGUGCCAUCACCUUCAGGAAGCCAUGAGACAAUAUCAACAGCAACCUCCAGCAAAUUUGAUGACAUUUGAAUAAAAAAGUGAAAGACUGGGACAAAGAUUUAUCACAGUGCAGCCCUUGGAUCUCCAGUGGAUAUGUUAUAAGGAACACCACUACAACUCAAUCGUAAGAAGUGAUGUAUUCGACGGAAAAAUCCAAGAUUUGAAAAAUGUGUAUAACAGAAGAAAGAAACAGUUUUUGUCAUGUAUCUUUCUUUCUUGUUAAAGCACAACACAAACAACCAAAGUAAAUUAUGUGCUGAGAGUGAGAGUAUCAUAGGGGAGUGUGACUACAUUAAAGACUGGAAAACCACAUUAAUAUUGAAGUUAAGUUACUACUAAAAGUAAUUUUGUAGAGUCAGAAACCAAACAUUUGGGGUAGAUAUACAACCAUCAUAAAUAUGUUGCUUUGAUCUUUAUCAUGUUAAUUUUCUCUGUCUUUUUUUGUAUUCAACUUCAUUCCAAAAAAAAAACUUAAUAAUUAAAAAAUAUAAAGUGGAAUUAACUGCAGGAAAUUAUAUAAAGCUAGAAAAGUCAUUUAAUGUACAUGUUUUUCUAUUCUGCCCUUUCAUUUGUAAGCACUUUCACCUUUUCAACUCCUUAAGUUCUCUUAACUACAUUUGUCAUUGUGAAUUGCAUUUUUCUACCUAUAGCACCUUUUUUUGACUAGUUAUUGUCCAAAUUUGGAUCACUCAUACCUUGAACUAGCUACAUUUGUGAAAAAUGAGAGAAGUGAGAAAUAUGCUCUACAACUUGGAAAACUAAAAUACCAUUUUCAUAUAUUAGCAAUGGGUAAUUUUUCCAAGUGAGUUAACUCUUUUUUUCAAUGGUCUCAAACAAUUUCUUUAUAUCUAAGAAGAUAUUAAGGAGAUUUUGGAAUUUUAAAUUCCAUCUUAUAUACACACUACUACCUGAAGCUCAAAAAAAUGUCAUCAAAGUGCCUAGGGCUAAAAUGUUUUUGACAAAUACACUAAAUGUAUUCAGAAAACUAACAAGAGUUCUCAAAUUAUUCUCUGUUUAGGCAAAAAAGCAAUAACGUUAUCUUGUUAGAAAUAUCAUUGAUUGUUUUAGUGUUAAUGGAAUUCUCUUGAUGGACUUGUGAAUCUGCAAAAAAGAGAUGUUCUUAUGUGGAAAACAUAAACCAUUAUACACGAAGAAUAUCAAAGGCUAAUGAAAUUUUAGUCAGUUUGGUUUUUAAAUAAAUUAGUUAUGAAUUGUUAAAUUUCACAUUGAUAAAUGUGUGCUUUAUUUUAUGCAAUAAAAACUUAAAUUAAUGAUUAACAAAUUUUUGUGACAUAAUUGUUUAAGUUGUUUUUUUUUAAAGUGUACUAGGAUGAGCCUAUGGACAUAAAAAUAAAAAUUAUUCUUAUUUGCUUACUAGAGAAGAUGAGUGGAACCAUUCAUAGUUUGUUAUUUGAUUCCUUCUGUGAGUUAAAAUAAUUAACAAAACUCAAAAUAGCCACAUGUUUUUAAUGUAGAGCAAUUAAUUCAAGUUACAUUAUCCUAAUACCACUACAUGUUUCUGCUCUCAAAAAGAAAGGCAGAGGUCAGUACGUGCCUUAGUCGGCAGAUAUUGCUAUAGAAAUGUGGCAUUAUAGAAGUCCAAAAACUGAAAUAAAAAUAAAUCUAUGCCUUAAAAUUUGCUUGUUGGCAGUUGUUAGUGUAAUAGCCUAAUGCCAUUCAAGUGUAAAUAUAGAUGUUGCCAGUUUGUGUCUUAAGAUUAUUUUGUUCACUGACAUAAUGCCAUUCAAUUGGGAUAAGAUAUCCAUUUAUUAUUCAAGUUUUCUUUACUGACAGUGAUGCCAAUAAAUAGAAUUAAAAGGGGAAAAAAAAAGACUGUUUUAAAUAUUUCUUUGUAGGCAGUUAGUGUUAGUUCAAUGUGAUGCCAAUUAAGACAUCACAAUAUUUGUAUUGUUUUGGCAUUUUGGAUAAUUUGUUUCAAACUUGUACUUAAAAAUUAUUGAAACAGUUAUUUUCAGUAUUUUUUAUUGUUGUUUAUAAUUUUUUAGGAUACAAAAAUAACAAUUUUUAAAAAUAUUAUGAGUGACUCUAAGUGCAAAAAAUCUGUAGUCAAAUUCUACAUUUUGUAAUUAAAACAUUUAGGAGAUUAGAUUAGUGUGUAAAGUGUUUUGUAAAUGGGAAAUGCUCAGUUAUCUUGGAUUUGACAAACAUAAUACAUAAAUGUUAGUUUCUUUACUUUUUAACUGGCUUUCAGUUGACACCUCUUGAAAGUUUUUUUUUGUGUUGCAAUAAGAUCUUGUUUGGUAAAUUACGGUUGAGAAACCUGCUUUGAAAUAAAUGCGUAACAAAACAAAAAUAAGGAGUUCCAGUAGUUUGAAUAAUCAUUAUUUGUGAUACAGUGUAAAAUUAUAUAUUAAACCAGUCCAAUAUGGGUUAAUUUUUGUAUUAAAGGCUUGUGUACAUGUCACUCAGCCAACUUAAAAUCUUUCUACUUAUGUGUUUCCUAUGAAGUAAUCAAUGAACUUGGAAAUAUGGUUAAAAACUUGAAUGGUUGUAAUACUCGUAGUUCAUAAUGUAAACUAUGCCAACGUUUGUUUGUACGUAUGUCUGUGAAGACUGCUGAACAACUGGUUCAUUCUUAUCUUUCUUCCUGAAAUAACACAGCAACUGUUUAAUUGUUUUUGAUUAUGUCAAAUCAAAGAAAUUGUAUAAUGAGUCAAGUAACUAGCUGUUUUUAUGUACUGUGUGUAUACACAUACAAACUGUUUAUUAUAUGUAACAUUAACAACGGUUUUGCUUCCUAUGGCAACACAUCAUCAAUAAAAUAUAAAUAUAUUGAAAGACAUAUAAUUUAUACUGUUUUAUACUUUAUACCUAAAACAUAGUAAAUAUCAUGUAUAUCCAUCGCAGUGAGAGGUUUUGCAAUAUAAUAGUUUCCUUAAGCCUAAAAACCUCACUGUGGCUUAAUUUAACUUUAAAAUGGUACAACUGAAAUCCUAUUUAAAAGUAUUUUAACACCCUGAAUUAUUUGAGAAGAGGUAUAAAGCUUAUGAUGUAAAGUUAAUCUUAUAAACUUGAAAACGUUAUAGUGAAAUAGAAAAGUGUGUUGUCAGUGUAAACUGGUUAGGUCCAGAUUGUAUUAAUUUAGGGGUGUUCAAAAUAAUGUUUAGAUUACUUAUUUUUUUAAGUGCAAAGGAUUUAAAAUUGUUGUAUUCAAGACUAACUGUGUAAUUCCUCACAAAAGGUUUACCUGUAUAUUUCCAUUAAAGGAACUUUUGAAUAAGAUA